UUUAUAAAAACAAAAAAUUAAGCGUAAAACGAGAACAAAAUUGAAAAUAGCGUUAUUUUUAUUAUUAUUAGACUAUUGUACAAUUAAGUCUUAUUUUAUCUCAUAACCUCGUGCACUUCAGUUUGUAGCAACACAAGAUUUGUUUUUAGAUGUAUGUAUAUUAAAUAAUCAUUCACUGUGUUUCCUUGUGAGAAUAUUUCUAUAUAACAUAUGAAUUUGAAGAAAAAGUAAUUACUAUUGUUUGACUUGUAGAUGAUAUAGACUUGUUUGUACAAGAUGGGAAAGAAAAGAAAUAUUGCACCACCAGCUGCUCCAAUUCCUGGCCGUGUGAAAGUAGAAAUUAAGGAUGAAUUGGGAGAUAAUGACGUAUUAGUUGCCAGAGAUCGUUUAAAAGGAGCUCUCAGAGAGUUAUUGCAACAUAGUGAUACAGGAUCAUCAGGAGAUUCUAGUGAAGAAAGUUCCGCACAAGAUUAUAAACAUCAAAUGAAGAAAAUGACAAAGACAAUAGGCUUUCAACAACCACGCAAAGUUAGACGCAGAAGACAAGUACCAUUGGAUACAUCAUUCCACCACACUUACGUAAUGAAAUUAUUUGAUCGGAGUGUUGAUUUGGCACAAUUUCAAGAGGACACACCUCUUUAUCCUAUAUGUAGAGCUUGGAUGGCUAAUCAACCACGGAAUCCUAAUCUUGUUCCAAAAGUACGUAGCCCAAGCCCAGAGAUAGUUAAUGAAGUUAAUAUGAGUAAUAAUAUACUAGACACGAAUGGAGAUGUUCGUGAUGUUUAUUAUUUACCUCCUCCAUUGCCUUGUGAGGAAGCAAUACCAAGGAAUCGUAUACCUUCACCUAUUUUUAGAGAAAAAGAAGAGUUAAAUUUGGAUUAUGAUGGACAGUGUCUGAAAUCUCGGGAAACAUUGUUAAGAGAGCAUAGAACACAUUGGAAUGCUGUACGCAAGAAAUGGUAUCAACAAGCUCACAAGAAUGAACAACGUUUUGUACAGAGUGCAAAUAUACUGAACACUAUUUUCAAAAGGGCACAAUCAGAAUUCGAGUAGCCCAUUAGUGGCAGCAUUGAUACUGUCUGUUUCCCAAAAUCUGUACUUGGUCGGCAUGGAACGUACUUGUAGUUUUUCUACAUACGGUUUAUUUUAUAUUCUAAAUUAUGUCUGCUGUAUGUUACUUGUAGAAAUAUAUCUUUUUAUUACAAUGUAAUUAAAUAUAGCGCAAUGAUAUUUUAAGUUGCAUAGUAAAGAAAUUCUUUCCAAUAAAAUUUCUUAUAGAACAUUGA